AUGAUUGCUGAAGAUAUUUCGAAUGCAGUCGAUAAAAAACCAAAAACACCAUCGCAGUUGAAGAAGGAAGCGGCGAAAGCGGAAAAGUUGGCGAAAUUCCGUAAAAAGGAACAGAAAUUGGCUGAAUUGAAGGCGUCGUCCGCUUCGAAGCAGAAUGAGGAUGCUCAAAAAACGAAGGAAGUAAUUGAAUACAUUUCGAAACGAAAGCGAGGCGAGAAGAAAGAUACUUCAGUCGAAUUACCUAAGGCGUACAGCCCGAAAUUCGUUGAAGCAGCGUGGUACGAUUGGUGGGAAAAAGAAGGAUUUUUUAGGCCCGAAUAUAACUCGCACGUCAGAAAGAUUAAUUCCGAUGGUAUUUUUACAAUCGUUAUUCCUCCACCAAAUGUAACUGGCACGUUGCACUUAGGCCAUGCACUUGCUAUAACGCUUGAAGAUGUGUUGCACAGAAUGAAAGGAGAGAAAGUUUUAUACAAUCCAGGCUGCGAUCAUGCUGGAAUCGCAACACAAGUUGUUGUUGAAAAAACAUUGAAACGUGAGCGUGGUUUAACAAGGCAUGAUAUAGGCCGACAAAAAUUUAUUGAAGAAGUAUGGAACUGGAAAAACGAAAAAGGUACAGUGAUUUACGAUCAAAUUCGCAAAAUGGGCGCUGGAGUAGACUGGGAUAGGGCUUGCUUUAUGAUGGAUCCUAAAAUUAUGCGUGCCGUUACUAGUGCAUUCAUCAAAAUGCAUGAAAAUGGAAUUAUUUACCGCAGUAAUCGUCUAGUCAAUUGGUCUUGCACUCUCAGAUCUGCUAUAUCAGAUAUCGAGGUGGAUAAAAUUGAAUUAUCUGGUCGAACGUUACUAGCAGUUCCCGGUUAUGCCAAGAAAAUAGAAUUCGGUGUCUUGAUUUCUUUUGCCUAUCCAAUUGAAAAAUCGAAUGAGAGGAUAAUAGUAGCAACAACAAGAAUUGAAACAAUGCUUGGAGAUACUGCAGUAGCUGUACAUCCACAAGAUGAACGUUAUAAACAUUUAAUUGGAAAAUUCUGCAAACAUCCAUUUGUUAGCAGGCGGCUACCGAUUAUUGGUGAUGAUUUUGUUGAUAUGGAAUUUGGAACAGGUGCUGUUAAAAUUACACCAGCUCAUGAUUAUAAUGAUUAUGAAGUGGGUAAACGGCAUAAUUUAACUUUCGUUACAUGUAUUACAGAUGAUGGGAAUAUGAGUGAUGAAUGCGGAGAUUUUAAGGGUUUGAAACGCUUUGAUGCGAGAGAUCGUAUAGUGGAAGCUUUGAAAGAAAAAGGCCUUUAUGUAGAAAUAAAAGAUAAUCCGAUGAUUGUGCCUAUUUGCAGUCGUUCAAAAGAUAUUAUUGAACCAAUUUUGAAAGCACAGUGGUACGUAAAAUGUGAUGUUAUGGCUCGAAGAGCUAUGGAAGCAGUGAAAAAUGGCGAUUUAAAAAUCAUUCCUGAAUUUCAUAUAACGACAUGGAAUCGAUGGUUGGAGGGAAUAAGAUUCACAUCUUUGCAGUAA